AUGGAUUUAUACCACUACUUAUUCAAAUUCAUAAUAGUUGGAGAUGCAAGUGUAGGAAAGUCUUGUAUAUUACUUAGAUAUACAGAGAAACAGUUUAGAGAUGAACAUGAUACUACAAUAGGAGUUGAAUUCGGAUCAUAAAUAUUAAAGAAGAAUGAAAAAACAUUGAAAAUACAAAUUUGGGAUACUGCAGGUUAAGAAUCAUUUAAAUCAAUAACAAGAUCAUAUUAUAAAGGGUAAGUAUUAUUUUAUAUAAAUUAGCUCUAUUGGAGUACUUUUGGUCUUUGAUAUAACCAAUCGUGAAUCUUUUCAUAAUGUUUAAAAAUGGUAUAAUGAAGUGAAUGAACAGGCAGCAUCUAAUUGUACAAUUGUAUUAGUAGGCAAUAAAACAGAUCUUGAAUCAUAGUAAUUUUAUUUAUUAUAAUUAGACGUAAGAUUACAACAAUUGAGGCAAAAGCUUUGGCAGAUUAAUAUAAGAUGCUAUAUAUUGAAACAUCUGCAAAAACUAAUUAGAAUAUUGAUAAUCUCUUUGAGACCACUGCAUAACAAAUCUUAGAUAAAAUUGAUAAAAAAUUAAUUGAUUUUGCUAAUGAAGUAAUUCAAUUACAUUAUAAUUUAGGAUAGUGGCAUUAAAUUAGGGACUUUUUAUAAAUAAGGUAAGGAUGCAAAUAAAGACAAAGACAAUGAUUGUAAAUGUUGAGAUCGGCC